UGGCUUCGUUCACCUUCCAGGAAAGGAUAACUUCAUGCAGUGUUUAUAGAUCAUUAGAAGAGACUAGAUACUACAAAGUUCAUCAACGAGAGCAGAACGGUCACAAAAGUCUUUCUCGGCGGGAGUGGAGACUGCAACGCCCUCACAACACUAGCGCAGCUCGGCGACUGCAACAGUUAGUAUAACAAUAGCACCCGUCUGGGUGGAGACUGCAGCGGCGCACAGAAAAGUAGCACCAUUCUCGCCGGAGACUGCAGCGCUUCACAGCAGCCGUGGUGACUGCGUUGGGCACACGACAGUAGCUUCGGGUCUGAAUAUUUCAAUACGACAGCAAAUUAACCAGCCCUCAACGACACAGCUAGUGACCAGUGAUUGUAGAAGUGCGAAUAAAGAUAAGUGCCAUUCUAAUAAGAACUAGGUACAACCGCAGGGUGCAAAUCAGGCUGCUGUCUUCAUAGGUACUGAUGUGCGUCAGAAAGGAGAUACCAGAUCGACAAUUCAAACAUAUUUCGGUCCUCUUGGAGCUUAAUGCUCAAACCUUCUCAUAGUGACCACAUGAACACAUUGGACCAUUACAGCGACCACCAAAGGCUAAAAUAGCGCACACAUUUGAGGGAACAACGAAGCUGCAGCGACUACAAUGUCCUUCACGGCAAGAUAAAUAACAGUUAAUAACAUGCUGCUCAAUGCAUAUGGCCGUUUGCAAACUGAUCAAGGUCAUGAGAUAUGUACGCCUCCACUGGCCACGCCCCUGCCCUUGCUAAGGUCGCAAACUGUCCGGCAGAACAAUAUCAGCGUGUUGCUAUGCCCUUCUCACUCUGCCGCCAGCCUGGGAAGAAGUGAGCAACACUUCGACGACUACCGUCCAUCGCAGAGAAGGGAAGUCUACAUCGGCGAGUCUCAGAAGAGGAAUAAAUUUCACCACAGCCCUAGAGGCGUGGGGUAUUCCCACCACGGUCUCAGCAGCGUAGGAGAUUCUUACCACAAUCCCAACAGCGUGGGUGAUUCCCAUUAUGGUCCCAACAGCGUGGAGCAUUCCUACCACAGUCCUGACAGCGUGGAGUAUUCCUACCACGGUCCCAACGAAGCUGCUAGGGCAAAAAUUGAGGUACCACUACCCGCUGCAGUCAGCAGCGAGCCUCCCCACCGCGGCCCACUGGCCCCCAUCGCCCCCUCCCGAGGCGGUGGGAGGAGUCUAGAGCGACAUGUGAAGAACACUGAGCUCCUCAUUCGGCUGGCCAGCUAUCUGGACGUGCAGGGCUGCUUCAGACGACUGGUCUGCGAGAGUCUCUUCUACGGGGACCGGCCCGCGCCCCGCUCGGCCACCGAGUCACUCGUGCUGAGGGCCUUCGGUCUGACGGUGGCCCGGGAUGCGGAUCGAACCCAAGCACGCCGGUUUCUGGAACCGGCGCUGGCCGGCUGGACGGCCCGCUGGAGGGGAGCAGCCGACCCCUGCUCCGAGCUCGCUCCCAGGUGUCAGAAGGCACUGGUGCCCAGGCUAAGGGCGAAGGAAGCGGAGGACACUAGAGACAUCUAGCGACAAACUGCGUCAAUUGGGUGAUGGACGCAUUUGGUUCGAGGGAUCAGCUGCGGUUAGACGGAAAGAGUGCUGUGGAUGAAGGUGGAUAUCGUUCACCCAUUUGGAUGUUUGGACAUUUAGUGAUUUAUUUCUAUUCGGAGUUAGUGGAAUGCUACCGCUCUACGACCCACUGACCAUUGUGGCAUUAUAAUGAACAAUGACAUAAUAGCGUUAUCGACGCCACACGGCGCUGUAAUCUGCUCACCAUUGUGGGCUGUGGCAUUAUGUUGUCUACAUUACUGGCAU